GAACAUUUAAAGCUUUGUUUUAUGUCUUUUAUUUUUUAGAUGGAAAUAACAGAACAGAACUGCUUACACCUGUUCCCUCAAGAAACAGUUGUCUACCUCACUCCUGAUGUUGAAGAAGCCUUGGAGACAGUGGAUGCAGACAAGGUGUACGUCCUCGGUGGUCUUGUCGAUGAAAACAUCCAGAAGAAGCUGAGCCUGUCCAGAGCCAGAGAGCUGAGCGUCCACACAGCGAGGCUCCCCAUCGACGAGCACACGCUGAAGAAAACCAACGCCAAGAACUUCCACUCCAAGAUUCUGGCAGUGAACCAAGUCUUUGACAUCUUGUUAACGUUCGCUGAGACGGGCAGCUGGACGCAGGCUCUGCAGGCCUGCUUUCCUGCGGGGAAAGGUUACGUAAUCUCACCAGGUGGCUCAACGCCGCUUCCUGCUGCAGCACAGACUCAGGACGACGAUGAGGAAUGUCAUUAAAGACUUGUUAACUUCGCAGUAUCUGUGCAAUAUGUGCCGAAUGUUUCACUUUAUGGUUUGAUUUGUUUUUCAGUCAUUCAUUUUCCACAUUCUGUCAUUGUGUGAAUGCUUAUCUWCCAUACAGUUUAAAGCACGGCUCUCAUUCUGAAAUGUUUGUGUUAUUUAAACAAUUUAUGUAUCAAAAUGUUCAGCUGUUUCAGGACAAUACAACUAUGACUUUCAGUGCUUCAGUAUUUUAUAAUUUUUAAGACAUUUAGCUUUUUUUUUCUCAUAGAAAAUGAAUGGAGUUGUCCUCAACAUCAUUAAAGGCACAAUGUGUGGGAUUUUGUCAAUUCUUUUAGCCAAAAUUAAGAUAAUCACUAAUGACAAUAAUAAAAACAUGUCUAAUCAUUGCA